GUUCUGUGUUAUACCGCGUUAAAAGCGAGAAAAGUUUUUACUACCUUAAAUACUUUACUAUCGUAAAUACUAAAAAUAAAAAGGUUUAUUUUAACGUAUAUCUUUUGAACUCUUGAUUUUAAACUUAUUUCACUAUUUAAACAUGGAAUGGAUAGGAAUAUUAAACUUUGGUGAAAAAGUUGACUGUGAUGCAUAGGAUACAUAACCAUUUAAUGGGUAUUCAGCAAAAAGAAAGUUUGUGUCGAAUUCGGGAGAAGAAUCAUUUAUAAUUUUAAAUGUUAACAAAUCAUUAAAUGGAAAACCUUUAUAUGAAGGAAUAGUUAUGCGUGAUAAUAAUAUACAAAAAAGAUAUAUCUGCACUAAUCCAACAUCAGUUUAUCGUAAGGUUUAUUGCUUUUUUGGUGUAAAAACAAAAUGUAGACUCAAUGGAAAACGAUUUUAUGGAUUAGACUCUAAAGGUUUCAAGUUUCGUUUAAGUUUAUCCGGAUAUGAAGAUUGUAGAAAACAAUAUCAAUCCCUUAUAUCUAAUGUAUCAUCCCCCACAAACACAAGAUUGUGCUCAUGGUUAGGUGUUGUAAGUUAUGGUACUCCGAUAAAUUGUGACAGUUUGUUUUACAUAAAAACAAUUGGAUCAGUUAAAUGUCGUAUUCAACCAGGGUAUGAAGCACAAAGGUUAUUAAGGCUGAAUGAUGUUAAUGUGGUUAUAACAAUGAAGAUUGAUAAAUCAGAUGAUGGUCCUGUUUACCGAAUUAUUGUUUCUGACUUAUUAAUUGAUUGCAAGUCAUUGCAUUCCUCUUCUGUUGUUAAAGAUGCUUUUAGAAAAUUAAAGUAUAUUAGUUCUAAAAACUGGUCUGGUUUUCAGUUUUUUGGCUUGGAUAGAAGUGAAGUAAUCAAUAAAAUAUCUUGUCCAAUAAUAAAAUUUGAUACACCAUCUUUUGAUAACAUUAAACAAAACAACAACAGUGUAAUAGUUGAUUUACUGAAUAUAAGAAAAUGUGGUGCUGAAAAAACUAGUUCGCUUCUCAGUAAAAAAGCUAUAAAAUCUCGGAAUAAGACAAUUCAUUCAUUAGUAGAGUUAGCAAGCUAUGGUGAUGUAAAAAGUUUUGUGAGCUACAUAAUAAAUGAGUGUCCAGAAAUUGUUGAAGAAGUUAUAGAUGAAAAUACUGAUUUCUUAGUUCAUAUUGUUGAAAGGCUUAGGUUUAUAACAUCUGUUAAAAAUCUUGAUUGUCAACAAACUGCUUCAAUAAUGAUGGAUAAAAUUGAAAUUUCACAGAGAUCUUAUAAAGUUUUAAAAGGUAUUCUCAAGAAAAAUAAUAUAAACAUUCCUACAUAUGACAACCUUAGAAAAUACUGUCUUAAUAUAGAUGUAGGUCUAAUUCAACAUGCUCAUGUUGUUGUCUAACAACAACAAGCGAUAAGAGAUUUCUUAAUUCUGAGGAAUAAUACUCUUUAUGAAAAGUUUGACAUAAAUAGCAAAACUUUAAUUCUUUAAAACUGAACACUUUAUAGUGAUUUUAUAUCUAGUUGCAGAUUUUAGUUUUGUUAACGAAGUUAUUAAUAAAUGCUCCAGUAAUCAAACAUAUGGUUGCAAUCAUUGCAAGUUGCUAAUUUAUGACUGGACCACUGUAAAUAAAAAGAUUGGUCCUAUUCAAUUGGUUGUUGAUAUACAAGAACGUGGGGAACAUGCAAGGAUUGAGCUAGGCCCUAGACCAAACAAAGAUUCAGCACAUUAUAAGAAGUUUACUGCUGACAACUAUGGACAAUGGGGAACAGUGUUAAUUGAAGGAUUAUUGAUUUCAUGCCACCAUGUGGCUUGCAUUUAAUUUUGGCACAACAUAGAUAUCUUUGGAAAUUUUUAUUUGAUGUAGUAAGUAAGCGUUCACAAGAAAACCUUUUGUCUGAAGGAUUGAGAAAGAUUGGGUGUUCCUAUUUAGCAUUUCAACUUGAUUGUUAUUUGAAAAGCAAAAAGAAACAUUAUGAUGGAACACAGAAUUUGAGAAUGAUUGGAAAUGAUUGCAAAAUCUUAGAAGCAAAUAUAGAUACUUUCCUUACUGUUUUUGUUGAGAAUCAAAGUGUUUCAUGGCAGUCUCAAAAAAGUCAAAAAUUAAGACAUAUCCUUCAACUUUACUAUGCAUGGGCUGAUUUGGCUCAGGAUGUUCGUUCCGUUCACCAUGAUCCUGAUCGAAUAAAAUCCUUCAAUGUUCGAGCAGAGGCAUAUUUUCAGCUAUUUCUACAUAAUGCUGGAACAAAUAAAAUUUCGAAAAUGCCAUAUAUGCAUUAUUUGAGAAAUCAU